AUGCGCGGCCUUGCUCAGGCUGCCAUGGUGCUAGCACCGACGUUGGUGUUGGCCCAUGGACCUCAUCAUCCUCCUCCUCCGCCGCCGCCACCUCCUCCCAUGGGAUUUCUCCCCUCAGCUCUCGAUGUCACACCCUCAGCCUUUGUCACAGUCAAGCUCCCCUUGAGCGAAUCCGAAUCAUAUCCUCUGACACUACGAUUCGAUGUGGAGGAAUCAGAAGAAGUCUGUGGUCCCGCCAGUAUCACCCUCAAUGGCGAACCCCUCAAGCAAGACGCCAAGGGUCGCGGGGUCGGGUCUUUCCUCAUCAACAAUGAGACCACUAUUUCAGCAGACUGGGAUUUCGAAUGCUUUGGCCCCAAAGAAUUCCCCGUCGGCCAGUCUAUGCGCUUCAAUGUCAAGGCUCUCGACGACAUGGCUCUUACAGAGGAAUCUUCCUUCUGGAUGACUUUCAAGCAGACCGCACCAGUCCGAAUCUCCGAUGUUGGAAACGCCGCCUAUGUCUGGAGUCUGUCGAUGCCUUUCAGCAAGGACAAGGAGUCCUCCUCUGACGACAAAUCCACCUCAACACCACCCCCCAUCUGGGAGUACCCCGACCGCGAGUUCCAGGACCCCGAGGAGGAACUUCAGGUUGAGCUUAUGGAACUGAAUGCUUUGCACAAGCAGAUUCUUCAGCUUGAGGAACUAGUGAAGGAGAGAGAGGCAUCUGUUGCUAAGAAGCUGGGCAAGCAGUAUCCUCCCCCACCCCCCUCGACUAUGAAGAAGAUCAAGCAGUGUGAUGGCGUGCAGUGUGUUCUGCACACUGUUGGUGAGGAGGUGCGACACUCGGCUCACAGAUUCUACGAUAGCAUAUUUGGACACCGUCCACCUCACCAUGGCCCGCACGGUCCUCACCAUGGCCCUCAUCAUGGAAACGGUACUCACCGGGGCCCUCAUCCUCCUCAUCAUGGACCUCCUCACCCACCACCGCCUCCUCACCAUGGUCGCCCUCCCUUCCCCUUCCCUGGAGGCCACCCGCCCCCUCCGAUGUGCGCCCCUUGCCCCUGCGAUCCACGCCAUGGAAACCCUCCCCCCCCUCCUCCUCCACCCCCUCCUCAUCACGGAGGGAAGCCUCAUCACGGUCGGCCUGAGCAUGGCCAUGGUGGUUUCGGUGCUGAAGGUCAUGAGGGCCACCCCCCUCCACCUGUAAGUCUAAUGCUCCAACCAGAAAUUGAACUCGUUCCGCUAACUACUCCUCAGCCUCCUCACCAUCCCAUCAUUGUCAUCCUCGGAAUUGUGACCAUUGCUCUCGCCCUUUUUUGUGCUAUUGCCAUCGCCUACAUUCACCGCCGUGUAGCGCGUCUCAGCCCCGAGGCUCGUCGUGCUAUCCGCCGGGCAUUCCGCCAAACUCGCGACGAGCGUCGUAAGAACUCUGCUCUGAAGGCUGCUUAUCGUGCCUUUGUCACCCGAUUGAUUGAGAACGAGGAUGAUGAGAAGGAGGCUAUGCUAAACGGUGAGCGACGCCGACGAUCAUCUUCCUGCAGUAGCAUUACCAUGGAAGAGGAGAUUGCCUCCUUCCGUGAGGCUGCUCAAAUGGUUGAGGGCAUCGUCGCUGCUGAGGAGGGCCAGCAUAGCCAUGCCCGUUCUUAUAGCUACGCUGCAGGUCCGCCUGUUCCUCCCUGUGCCUCACACCAAACUGCUGCCACAGCAUACCCUGGCUUCAUGGAGACGGAUGACAACCUUCCUGCCUACGACGAUGAUGAGCGUGAUUCGUCGGUUGUAGCAGAUGGAUGCCGAUACACUCCUGGCAGCUCCGAUUAUACCCCUUCGAACUCCGGGUCCAAUGCCAGCGAUGUCCUGGGGGACACCAAGAACUAA